ACUUUUUAGAGUUUUGCAAGGUGUCGAAAACUUUUACAAUUUUACAAUAUAUAUUUUUCAUAAAAGUUAAAAUCACAGAUGGAUUUGAAUCAAUUGAAUGCUGGCCUCAUCAGUGUUAGCCCACAAAAGAUGAUAUUCUAUGCGCCCUACGAUCGCAUCCAGAAACGUAUCAUCACUAUAUUAAAUCCCACGGCAAAGAGACUGCUUUUUAAGAUUCGCUCAAAUGCAGCACUCAACUAUGUAGUUCUCCCAAAUUGUGGCUGCAUUGAGCCCUAUAAUAUUAACGAGGUGUCUGUCUCUUUGAAUUACUUUGAUUUCCAUGACGACCGAGGCUACGAUCAUCACUUUACAGUUCUAUACAUACGAUCGCCGUGCAAUGACAAUGCUAUGCCAGCUGAAAGUAUUUUGUAUACGUUUAAGCAAGUGCGCGAUCAAUUAAAGAUCAAUCAAGUGCGUAUCCCUAUUGAGCUGCAACCGAAUCCCAUUUGCAUACCACAGGCAGAAUUGGAUAUGCUCCUGCCUCCAGAUACUCGCAAUAUGAUGCUGACAAAAUUGCCAGUAUUCGGAGAGGAGCAUCUCAAACAUUUGUCUGCGCCAAUAAAACGCAAAAAGCGCUGCAAUUGGCUGCGAGUAUUAACAACUUUGGUAGUGAUUGUGUCUUCAUUGGUGGGAGCAUUUACACAACGCCAUUUUAUUGAGGAGCUAAUAUAUCUACACUUGACAGUGGAUGAAGUACACUUUUAGAUUGUUCUUUUACAAAUAAUUAAGCCAAAUGCUAUCGUUUUGUUGACAGCUACCCGAUGAACGUAUGAAUAUUGGCUGGCUGUUGUUUACACAUUAAUUCAACCACAGCUGUCCACUUAAUUCGUUUCAAUUAAUCAAUAAAGAUGCCAACCUUUUAGGCCAUUUUAAUUGCA